AAUGGCGGGCUGUGGUAGAGUCAUUUUCCCUAAAUAGAUGUAUGAUUUCAAAGUGUUUUUCAUUCAAAAACGGUAAGGAAUUGUUUGGGAAAAUAAACAGGUAAAGUAUUAUUCGAAAGAUGGACCUUCUAUAAUUUCCUGAGCGCCAACAGAAUAUGGCGGAAGCUUUGUUGUCUGUGUCUGAUGCUCUCCUGUUGACGAAAGCGAAAGUUUUUUGAUGGCUUCGUCGACGCUGUUUCGUGGUCGACGCAUCGUAGAUCCCGUUCCGGUUCAGCGUGGCCCUUUACCGAGAGAUGGAAAAUACCAAACUUCGUUCUCAGACCUGGCAGCAGCAUGGGAAAACGUCGGGGAAGUGAAGUCUGCGCUCCAAGCUGCGGAAGCAAGAAUUAAUGAAGCAAAUGCUGGUCUCGGUUCUGGAGUGGAGGAUAAUGAUGAGCCCCUACAAGAAGUAUUUUCUGAGACACAGAGAUAUGGACGGGUGUCCAGAUAUGAACUGCGACCAGGUCGAUAUGGACAAGGUGCACGACCUGCAACUGUUUUUGGAGAGGAUCGCACCAACUCGCCUGUGAGAAGAUCACCUGAGUUUUCAUUAAAUGGGAACAGACAGGAGUCGUCAGUCAGAGCACAAGCACCCACCUCUUUGCUAUCUCCUCCAUCAAGGGAUAGUCACCCUGCUGAGAUUGGAAGCAGUACCACCACAAGAAAUCCACCAGCUGUCUUUCCUACAUACCCCCAAAUGACGGAUGGUGUGGAUCCUGUUUUGACAACAGCUUACUCGUCAAUCUACAGGGCAAAUGAGAAACCAAUUCGUAGAUCACCUGUCAGAUUUCAAGGUCUUUCAACCAUCCCUUCUUCCUCUAGCUUUGAUGAUUCAUUGGAAGUUGGCAGUACAGCUAGACUGUCCAGGAGUGAAACUCGUCCAACAUCCUCACUUGGGCUCAGACCUGUAAUAGCAAAUAAUUCAGAUGCACUUGCAAGGUUGAAAGAGAGAAUUAAACUACAGAAAGAACAAGCCUCAAGGCUUAGUCCAACUGAUUCUAUUGCAGGGAUAAGCUCUGCAAAUCCUUCUCCUCGAAGCUCAGAGGGCCCGUCUGUGGAGGUUGCAGCAGAGGAACCAUGUAUGAGGGAUUUGGAUGUUCCAAUGAGACCUGCAAUUUCCAAGAGAAAAGUAGCCUCUGCCCCUGCAGCACCUGCUUAUAAAGGUUUCAGUGAGGUAGAAUCAAAACCUGCAGUGUUAUCUGAAGUUAACAGAAAGGUCAAAGCAAAGAGUUCAACAGUUGACAAUGCAAGAACAAAGGCUGCCACCCAAAGGCCUCAAAAGCCAUUGCAACAAAAAGGACCUCCCAAGGUACAACGAGUCAUUGCCCCUCGCCGCCCAACGGACAUUAUAACAACAUCAUCAUGGCGUACUGGCCAACAAACAGUGAAAAGGAUUUUGGGUCCAGCAACCAAGAAGGCAAAAACUUCUGCCACCAGUCGACCCCAGUCAAGCAGUAGCCAAGAUACAGACAUAUCAGAACCUAGGAGUCUAAAUUUCCAGUUGAAAAAUGAUACUGGCAAUAAAAGGAGUGGUGGUUACAUGAAUGGGGAUUUAGGGGAGAGGAAUGGCAGUGCAAAGAGUGAUAAUUCCAGAGAAGCAUCUCCAGUUCAUGAAGAGCAAGCAGUGAACACAGGGAAGACGGACUCAGAUUCUGAACUGUCCCAAAAUUCUCCAGUUGCUGCCAAGGAAUUUGAAGCAGUUGGCCCUGAUGAGGAUGUGAAAGAUUUAAGAGGGAACAGAAUUUUAUCCACAGAGGCAAAAAAUAUUCUGUCUGACUUAGAACUUGAUACUGAUGAUGAAUCUGACAAGGAAGAUGGUGAUAAGGUUAUUCCCAAGUUCAAACCCAAACAAACUCAAGUGAAGCAGUCAUCAAAGGGAAUUCAGAGAAAGAGACCAUUGAGGGUAAAGCCACAAGCUUCACAACAGCCAAGCUAUCCUGCACAAAAGCAGAGACACUAUGACACUGAUGAAGUUAAGAAAUACAUGGCUAAAAAAAUGGCUGAAAGAAAGGAAAAGUUGAAAGAAGACAGGCUUAUGAAACAAAGGGCUGUGGAAGAAAAAAAGAAGAAGCUUGAGGAACUGUACAGUAGACAAAAAAAGAAUCUUGGAAACAACCUUCAUCGCAAAGACAAGAAAUCUCUUGGGGAAACAUAUUCAAAAGGCCGCAGUGAUUUCAGAUCUAUUAUAUACCCUUACAACCACCCAUUCCAACAAGAUGAAGUAGAGUGUUACAGUGAAGAUACUGGAGUCAGUGGGUCAGAUAAAGAGAAUCUUGACAUCGCCUCCUUCAAAGGUCUUCCAAAUUAUUCCACAUCCAGGGAGACACUUGGGGUGAAUGGCAGAGACCACCACAGUUUAUCUAGCUCAUCAUCUGUUCUAAGUGAAGAUGGCAGCAUUUCUCCAGAACCACACAGAGAAAGGAAGAGUCCAGUCCCAGGUGUAACUAGUGUAUCUAUUGGAACAAAGACCACUGAUUUGAGACCUGAAUAUGUUGGCUUCCCUCAAGGUGAGUUUGAGCCUCGUUCUUCCAGCCCAAGUCAGCUGGCUGACAGACACAGACCAGGGGUUGUGUCUUCAUCUGCAAGAAAUGAGGAGGAAAGGCUUUCAAGUAGUCCUCCCAGAGAGGAUAGAAUUGCAGCAAUAAAACAAACAGCUGCACAGCUCAAACAGCGACUGGCAACAGAAGCAUUACGACUUGGUCUGAAUCUGAACACCACUACUUCUGAAGAAACAGCUGAGGAACAAGGAACCUUUACAACAGUUAGUGAUCACACUGUGUUCAGGGGAGCACUCCCAGGAGUUGGAAGUCUUCAUGAACAAGCUGAACUAAACAACGAAUUGGAUUCCCGGACAAGUGCUGCAACAACAAUCCAAGCGGCCUUUAGAGGUCACAGUGUUCGUCAGGGUCUAAACUGGAAACUUCCCUCUGGGCGCACCCUUAGGUCCACUGUCAGGCAAGGGCUACAUCAGAGACCAGGAAUCUCAGGUGCUGGGACGUCAGAGUCAUCCCAUUACUCCACAGCUUGGGACACUGUAGUUCCUAAUGAGGACAAGAGUAUUAUGUCUGACAUCAGUGCCUCUUAUAGCUCAGCGAGAUCUACAGCGAAAUCACCAACUCAAAGCUCAAAGUCCCUGAAGGAUGAUAGAUCAUCAUGUGUUAAAAGCUCACCAACAAGUGAAUCUCGAAGAAGAAAGCAUACAACAGAUGAAAGUUUAGGGGAACAUGGAUCAGAAACACGAAGUCUUCUUGAAGAGACGCUGACAGAUGACAUGGUGGGGGAGACAGCUAGUCUACUUGAGCCUCCUGCAGACCCAAAUCAGUCUGGAGACCUGUUGGAACAGACACUGGUGGAGGAAUCCGCUGAUAAGAGUCACGCUCUUGAUGAUUAUGACGAUGAUGACUUUACUGGGUCCUCUGGUGGCAGCACAAACAGAGGAAGUGGAAAGCGCACCCCGAGCCCUAACAGAAAGACAGGCGAGCCUGUGUAUUCAGAGGCAUUCGAGAGUCCAGAGAACAAGACAAGCUCUCCCAAUAAGAACGAUUCUUUGCGAUCUCCUAACAGGAGUUUGGAAAGUGGUCCCCUAUCACCCACACUGUCAGAAGGAGAGUUGUCUCGUGUAAGCGAGGCGGUUGACAAAUCUUCAACCUUUUCGUCUACACGGCGUUCUCCUUCAAGGGACCAAGACUCUCAAAGCCCUGUUCCCCCUUACGCAGCGCCGAUUUACCCACCGCCGUCAGUGUUUACGCCAUCACAUCAAGGGGGUGACCGGCUGUCACCUGGAUCUCUAGACGUGAGGCUCACUGCAGAACUGAAUAGAUUGGAAUACAUGGAGGAAUCGGUCCGACAACUGACUGACGUGGAGCGGACUCGGGCAGUGUCCAUGGCACAACAAGAAACUGUGUCUUUGGCUCAGAUACUGAAGUCGAAACAACUGUCGCACGCCAGAGACAUGGAGAAUCUUAGGGCCAAGGCUCGCGAGGAAGCGUUAGAAGCAGCUAAGCAACUGGAAGAGGCCCGACGUGCGGCGGCGGAUGCUGCUGCAGGAGCAGCUGAGACGAUUGCUCGAGUGAGACUGGAGGCGGCUGCUAGCAUAUCAGAAUCCGCCGACCGGCUAGUUACGGUUCAGAGUGAAGCUGCACGCACCACAGCCGAGUCAGCUAAACAAGUCGAGGAGGCCCGCUCAUCAGCCGCGCGGACAUUAUUGGAGGUUGCUAAGCAACAGACCGUUGACACACGUGGUGUUGCCGCAGAAGCAGCUAGUGCAGCCGCAGAAGCAGCUGUCAAGAGCAGCAUGGCGCGAUUUCACGAACAGCAAGAACAACUGUUGAGAGAAAGAGAAGCACGUCUAAAAAGCUACCGUGAUAGAAGUCGAGACGUGACGCGUGACAGUUACUCCAGUUACUCAACCAGCCAGCGCAGCGACAGCUAUUCUAGAACAAGGACCCCACGGUCAGAAACUGAUGCGGUAGACUGGGGAUCACAAUCCAAGGGAAGUGCUAGUAAGAGUAGGACGAAUGUUGGUGAUGAUGUGGAUGUUUCACGAAGUUCUAAGCAAGAUAGAACUGUAAGCGUUCGUACAGCAAGUGGUCUAUCAGUGGACCGUUCUGCCAGCCACAGCCGGCGCACCCCCACCCGGUCAGAAGCUACUUCGCGCUCGCAUCACUCAACACUAGCAGGGGAGGAGUCGGGUAGCAUUCCCGAAGAAGUUGAUCACAGUGUGGCUGAUAGCGUUGCAUCCGAUCUUGGACUUGACCUGGCUGAUGAUGAUUCUAUAGCUGACGUGUUGACGGGAGAUGACGUCAAAAAACCAUCAGAACGCUUAGAAAGGUCACCGGAAGAAGACUACACGCUGAACUUCGAAGAGACAGUGAUGUCAUCACACACUGCAACAGAUGACGAGAUUGACUUCCGAAUGAUUCUUCCAUCUGAGAGCCACAGACGGAGGAGCCUGGGUAAGACAGGAAGGCGCGGCAGCAUAGGUUCUGACCAGGGGACUGUAUCUUACUCGUCCGACGAUAACCAUGAUUCUCAGGAUUUUCCGGUUGACAAGACGUUGGAGGAGUUUUCCUCAGCGCCAUUUUCCGGUGAAGAUUCAUUCUCUCAGUUCACGUCCGAAAUGGUCCGUUUGAUGAAGGAGGAAGAAGUUCGAGCCAAACAUCAAGCUGGGCUUCUACGCCUGCGCGAAAAAGCCCUGAAGGAAAAGACACGAGCCGAGAUGGCCUGGCUUGAAUGUCAGAAGCAAAGGCAUCGGGACAAGGGCGCUGAUGAUGUCAUGCCGUCAAUUAGGAAGCGGCAGCGAGGAGUUUUAAUGAGACUUCAAGCUGAACAGGCGGAGAUUAAACGUCUGAAAGCUGCGAAUCGCGCAGCUAGCUACGAACGGCGUUUGUUGUUGAUGCAACAGGAGGAGAUUGCAAGACUGAGAAAAAACACCAAGAAAGUCCGAGAGAGGGCGGCUACAGAGCAGGCGGUGCACGGACAGGAACGGACUGAUAACCUGAAAACUGGAGAAAAGGACUCUGCAGAACAGGCAAAGAGCGAGGCUGAAUCGACUGAGGUGGUCGAGGAGUUGGAUGAGAAACCCGCAGAUCAUUCCACUGGCAGUCGCUCAUCCGUCUCAGAAGACAUCAAAACUGCUUCACUUUCGGCCUCAGCUGCAGCGAGUAUCGCUGAAGAAAUCCCUACCCACCAGUCUCCAGGAGCCAGUCGGGCCGAGUCUCGUCCGUCCAGUGCUGAGUCUGGUACUAGCGAGAGGAAGAGAAGAUUAUCAGAGGGAGACAGUGACGAAGGCUCUGCUAAGGAGGGGACUGUGUCCGCCACUAAAGGGUCACCAACAGCUUCAGAUUCUACUGUUAUGCAGAAGUUGAAAAAGUUAAAACAUCAAUCAAGCGAGAGGUAUCUAACUCUGCGAGAGCAGAAGCUUAUGAAACGACGGAAAGAGGCUGAAAAUCUGUUGGAGAACAAGAAAAAGCUUUUGGAAUGGGAGAAGCGACUUGACAAAGAAGAAAGUCUCGUCAGGAACCUACUCAACGAAGCUCUAAAUCUUGAAAGCUCCAGGAAGCAGCCAAGGACAACCAGCAUAACAAGCGAAGAAGAAGAACAUAAAGAUCGCAGUGGUAGAGAGGCCUCUGCCAGCCUGUCAGUAUCUAGGACUCCCUCCAGUAAAGUCAUUUCCAAAGAUAGAUCCACACAAGGAACUGACAGAAUCAGUGAAUCCAUCAAGGCGGCACGGUCGCAUGGCCACGAGCGCAGUGCCAGUGAGAGUUCAGUUGCUGAGGAGCUGAGUAUUCCCACACGUGACAGGUCACAAGAUCAGUCAGAGAGGUCACGUGACAGUUCUAUUCCUGAAGUAGACAUGAAGACUCGAUCCCAGGGUAGCUCGAUUCCCGAGGAGAUUCCAGAGGAGUAUGUCAACGAUACGUUCGAGUCGCUGGAUAGCAGUGCGACUCCAGCGCACUCCACCCCCGUGCGGAGCGAUUUGACGCUUAAGCGAGACACGUCCCCGGCUCUAAGCAGGCGAUCAUCCACAGGGGAGGGGAGCAAGAGUGAAGAGGACACCUCUAUGACGGAAACCUCGGACCACAGCGACAUCGAGUCUCGUGUUCGCCGCCUGAGAGACCAACUUGAAGUGCGCAAGCGCGAGGUUAAGCGCUUGUAUAAUGAAAGGAAGAAACAAAGAAAAGCUAUGUUGCGGGCUCAAGAGGCCAGCUUAAGGCAGGAAUUACAGGCUGUGGAAAUGGUAAUCUCAAGGACAAAGGCCGAACUCAAUCGACCUCAAACGGAUUCAAAAAGACCAGAGUCUGGCUCUACUGACCAACACCCAAUGAGCGCGAAAAACGAUUCUAGUGCCCGUGAAGUCAGGUACCAUCUCUCUCGAACGUCAGAUGUGAGCGGAGGUCGCAAGGUAACACCAUCGGAAAAGCCUGUGAAAGUGUCUGCUAGGAGUGAGCCAGCAGGUGGGAGAGUUUUAAGUUCUGUGGAUGCGGAAGUUAACAGUCGAGGUGAUCAAACAAUUUCCGAUGUUCCCAGCUUAAAAGAGAAAGAUGAGGAGUGUUCUUCUGUCAGUGAGAUUAAGACAGGGGAGAGAAAUAAUUUGUCAUUGGGGAAAGGUGAAACUCCCUUGGAUAAAAGAGAAGACCUUGAUCUAACCGACAGAACUCGAACCCCCGACAAAACCUCCUCGGAAAAUCUACGGCAAUCAGCCAAUAGUGAACGCAAAACAUCGAUUAGAGAUGCCGAAGAUUCCCGAGAAGAAAUCAAAGAUGAUGUGACGACGGCCGAAGAUGUUUCCAUGAGUGAGGAUAUCGAAGUUCAAACACCGUCCAAAGCAUCUCACUCCGACAAGUCGGAACGUAGUUCUCGAGGAUCUAGUCAAUCUCAAUCAGUUAGUCUUCGGAGAGGAUCGGAUAGUGAUCGUAAGAGUUCGGUAAGGGAAAGGUCCGAGGUUGACGUAAAGAUCACGAAAGAAGCAAGGACCGAAGAAAAUAAAUCGUUAACCGAAGAAAAUGAAGUUGUUACAAGGCCCAGAUCCACUCACUCUGGAAGCCACUCCACCCAGGAACUGAAAGAGUCGAAAGACACCGAUCGCUCAGGACAGUCAGGUAUCGUCAGCGGGCAAAACUCGAUUAUUUCCGAGGGAUCGAAGUCUUCCAGACGAUCAAAAUCGCCGGCUUUGUCGGAGAAAUCGCAAAGUCUUCAACAGGCGUACAGUUCGUCUUUUGAGAGCGUUGAGAAUGAAGUGGACAAAAGCGAAGACGAUAUCAGUGAGCAUAUCAGUGUUGAGGAAGACGUAGAAAAUAGCGAACGGUCCGAAAGGCAAGAUGACGCCCCAGAUAAGCCAUCUGCGCAUCCUGAUCAAUUUUUAUCAAAAGAUGAAGAAGGGACAAGAGACAUUUCUGAAGUACCCGAGGAUAUUUCUGAACAAUCUGAAAUUGAAGUGACACCAAAAAGUACAUCACUUUCUGCAAAAAGUAGUGGCCCCGUGUCUGAAAAGGCGGAACAAUCCUUAAAAGGAGAAAAAGGUUUACAACUGCCUGAGGAAAACAAAAGCGGACUUGUCUCCUAUACUGAUGACUUUGAGCCUUCGGCGGUUGACGAAACUGACGAAGGAAAACCUCGUGGUUCCUACACACCAGAUUUCGAACCAUCCGAGUCGAACGUUCCAGUAGAGGAUGACAAAACUUCUCAGGAAAAAGAAGAAAACGACGACUUCAGGUUUUCCUCGAAGAAAAGGGAACUUUCUGAAGGUGUAGAAGUGGAUGACAAUAAAUCACCGCAGGAAGGGCAAGUCCAGAAACCUCCUAAAAUUCCAACUCUCGAAUUAGAGCAGGCUACCGACGAAGAAAGCAUUGCAGAAGAAUUGGAUGAAAACAUUGAAGGCCUUGAGGAAAUUAGUGAAGACAGUGAUAGUGGGUCCUUAUUUGAAGAAAACUACUUCAAAAAUGAGCACGGAAGUCUGCAGAGACAGAUUGAGGACGAAUCCGUUGAUGAGAAGGAGAAAAUUGAUAAAGAAGUAUCGCCAGUGUCACCUGGUGUGCUGCCUACAAGUACUCGGCAGUCGCCAGAAUCCCGAAGCCAUGAAUCUGAUCAAAAAACUGCUGACAGAAUCACUCAGGACUUGUCUAUGAUGUUGCUGGAAGAGUCUGUGAACUUGGCGACAAGAGUGUUUGAUGAACGUCGCCGGAUCUACCAAGAUUUACCGAAACAGUCUGCAAAAGAUAGUACACCUGUUGAGGAUGGAAAUGAUGGUGCAUCACGAUCAUUAGCAGAAACAUCCGAAACAGAAGAGAUAUCUGCACAUUUAUCCACCUCGCCGAAUGGAAGUUUAGAAUCUGGACUGGACCGUAGGACAAGAGAGCGAGAAGAUUUUGCUCCCUCUCCUGUUGAACAACCUCAGCAGGUAUCACAUGAACAAAAGAGUAACGACAUCGUGAAUAAAUUGUCAGACGCACUGCUUAAGGAAGCCGCCUCUCAAAUGAUUGCAAUUAUGCGAUCUCGUCAAGAAAAGUUUGCCAAGACCAAGGGUGAAAGUACCACGGGCUUAACUACUUCUCCAAGGGGGGCAACAGAAGACGAACCUCACUCGGCUGAAGAGAGUCCUCUUUCUUCACCCAGAAACAGUAGAUUUAUGGCCGUCCAACGCUUUCCCGACGGAUUACUGAAGUAUACUGAGGACACCUCGACGCCUCCAGGAAGCCCCACAAGUGAGCAGCAAUCUUCAAUUAACGAGAGAGAAUUGACAGAUAAGCUUGAUCAGUUACGACGUUUACAUGAGCAUCUGGAGAGUGCACGGGGCGAAAGUGAAGAUGAACGCUCAGAAUUUAAACUUAACACAAAUGCUCUCAUGGAAUUUCCCUCUGAAGAGGAAGAUGAAGAAGAGGAGACAUUUAGGCGUUCUAGAGGUCCUUCGUUUCUUUUCUCCGUUCCUCAUCGUCCCAAUGAAGUUAGCCCAUUGGUGGCUUCCUCUCUUUCCGUUUUCUUCGAACGCAAGAGGAGAGGACUGCCUUUAGAUAACGUAACACCCCCGUCGGAAAUCAUCGGAGACGACGAAGCGGACGACGACCUCGGAGCCAAUAGUAAACGAGUUUACCAACGAUUAGUGUUCGAUUUGACCGGCAAUUUGUUCAAAGAUCUCUUAUCUGAGGAGACCCCCACCAAGCGGCCGGCUUGGAUGAAAGCAAAACCGCGACGAAAGCACCGUCUGCAUCGUGGUCUUCAACCACUUGUCCGUGAAGGAGACUUUCUCCCUGUAGUGCAGCAACAAGUUUUGAAUUUAAUCGGUUUGGGUGAUGCUAGGCCUUCUCUCGAACGUGUUCGUCGGAAGACGCCGCUAAAGGUGGGAAAGAAGGAUUUCGUUGACGCCAUCCUGAUUCAGGAGCUUCGAGAAGAGGAGCCGUUAUGGGUAGAUUACGAUGAUGAUGAACUUGCCGUGAAGUUCCAAGUGGCAGACGCUAUCUUCGAAUCGCUUUUAUCAGAAACUGUGAUGGUGGUGAAUGCUGUGCAGUUGAGGCGCGAGGCAAGGGCUGACUUGGCACGCAGCUGACGAAACCAUAUCCUCUAGUCUUAAUAUUUCUUUCCUGGAUCCCAGAAUUACCAUGUGCAAUCAGUCGCGCAUUGAAUUCAGUGAAAUAACGGUGAUGUGUGAACAGACUGGCAUUUGAAAUGGAGAGGGAAAUAUUUAUGGAGCGUGCAGAAAAAUGGCAAGCAGGCACAACUCCAAGCUAACGACUGUUAACGGGCUCAAAUAUCACGUAGAGUAGUGUCAGUACAACAGUCCUUGUGGAAACAACCUAUUGCAGUUACUAGCCUUCCUUCCUCGUUAGACAUUAGAUCAACUAUAUUGACAUGACUGAAACAUUUGAACGGAAAGAAUCGAAUCCAAGUGUUAGUUUUAGAGAGGUGUACGUCGUCUAAAGGUGUCGGUCAAGAGGGAAUUGACUGAGGUUAUACCAUUCGUUGUUUUCUCGAGCGAAGGAAUUAGAGAUGACUUCUCGCUCUGACUUGCUUUUUUUACUUGUCAUGAACACCCCGUUCAUCUGGAAAAAAUUGCCAACAUGAAAAUCUAAAAUAUUUCCGCCUUACUACUGAAUUUCGCCUAUGGAAAGGGUUGAAGUCCUGUCGUUUUGAUACCAAGGUAUAAACGUGAACAUGUUAACCUAGACAUAAUUUUCCCUAUCCAAAUAUACUGUUAAGGGGAUCUUAAGUUGAGAAGUGAAGGUGAAGGAUGUGUAUUCUUGGUUCACAUCAGCCUGUGCGGUCGUAGUUUCGUUACUUCUGUCUAAAAUUUAUUUUUCACUUGGUAGUAAAAUGAUGAGUGGAAUGACAAAUAUUCUUGCAAAUGUUGAAAAAUUCUUGUUUUUGCAAAUGUGUAUAAAAAGUAUGAAUUGGCAUCGUGGUAUGUCCCAAUAUUGUAAUUAGAAUCCAAGUUUGCUUUGCUGCAACUGUACAUAAGAGAGCUUUUACCUUAUUUUUGUUUCAAAUGUGCUAUGCCUUUGUUGAAUAAAAAACACCUUUGAAGUUGCA